ACUGGACUCACCGGCGGGUCUCCAAAAUGAUGUGGAGAAGUUCACCACAGUGUGUUUUUUACAUUAGGUCUGCAGCAGCAGGGUGUGUUCUGACUUUUCAUUUGCUGAGAGCUUAGUUGCUUGGAGUCAGAAGUGCUGAGAACAGAACAGAAGACAGGUCUUCAUCUACAGUACGAGCGCAGAUCAUGGACCGAACAGUGAGCGUUGUGCUGGUGUUGCUGGCUGUUGCCACGGUAACCGUGACGGCACAGAGGCGACGCACCCAGACGGCGGCGGCGGCAAACACGGACGAGUGGAACUACAGGGAUGGCUCCGACAGGGUCAACAUGAGGGGCGUGGCCAACCUGACUCAAAUCCUGGACAACUGGAGGUUUGACAUCCUGAACCAGAUGAAAGGACUCCUGCAGAAUGAUCACCAGUCUCUGCUGCCCGACUAUGCCAGGAUCCAGCCGCUAUCCGAAGCUUUGGACGAUCUCUACAAGGAGUUCAACGCCCUGAAGGCUCACCUGGGAGAACUGACAGAGAAGUUUACCGCCAUAGAGACCUUCAUGGAUGAGGUAAAGGCGAGCAGGACCGCCGGAGCCAAUCAAGCCCCGGCCUCAGCUCCAGUGACCAGACAGGCAGGGAGGAGGGUGGUGAGGAAGAAGACCACCACCACCGCGACCACCUCCUAAGCUGACGUGCUAUAUCAUGCGUCCUCUGCUUUUAGAAAGAGAUCUUUGCUAAUAUCAGCGUGGGUCUUAUCCCAAUAAACAAGUCAGGAGAUGGUAUCGAGUAAAAAGGAGGGAGGGAGUCUCCUCCAGCUCAUCUCCUCUGGAAACGUUUUAUCACAGCAAAAAGUCGACACACUUUGAGGGAUUUGAUUUGUUCGAGUUUGCUGUUUGAGCUCAGCUGAACAUGCUGAAGCUCAUCCAAGUCGGAUUGUUUGGAUGAGCUCGCUUCCGCUCUGCAUUUGUUUCCUGCUGCAUCGCACACACGCUCCAAUUAACCAAUAAACUCACUUUUUGC